AUGUCUACCUUGAAAUUUUCUCUCAUAUCUUCCAUAUUCCUCUUUCUUUUUCACAGUUCAACUCAACUUUGUUUUAAACAAUAUUGUGGAAAUCCUGAGUUAGGUCUUAUUUUUGAGUUCCCUUUCAUAUUAAGAGAACGAUUUGAAUUUAACAAUAAUCAAAGUCAUCGAUGUGGAUAUCUAGGGUUUGAAGUUCAUUGCAACGAUGAUAAGCAAGCUUUGCUUAAGCUCUCAAAUGAUAGAAAUUUUGUAGUCAAAAGUAUUUCUCUUGAGAGACAAAGAAUUUGGGUCAACGGUCCCAAUGAUUGUCCACCACAAAGGUUCAUUGAAAACAUAAACGUUAUUGAAGAUUUACCUUUUCUAUGGGACAACUCUUAUCGUAAAUAUUAUGAAAAUGUUACAUUUCUCAACUGUAGUACCGAUUCUGGAAAGGAACCCAAUCCAGUGAUUGAUGAGCUUCCAACUAUACCUUGUAUGAGCAAUGCAAAUUAUUCGAUUGUGUAUACGUUGCAAUCAUCUAUUGUUGAUUCGUUGAGUUCAAGGUGUCAUGAGAUUGGAUUUGCUAGGGUUCCAGUAAAAGAUAAUUCAAGUGACGCAAUGGUAGUUUUGGAUGGACUUUAUUCUGAUGCAUUGUUGCGAUGGGAUACACCUUCUUGUGGAUGUGAGCCUGAUCAAUUUUGUGGUUUUCUAUCGGAUACGGGUCUUAAUGUUACUUGUUACCCUUCCGGCUACGUUCUUAAUUUCCCAGGUGAAAAUCCUUCAACACCAAAGCGUAAAAAAAUUCACUUUUUUCCAGUAGUAUGGGGAAUAUCAGGAAUUUUGUUCUUCAUAUGGGUAUCAUUAUCUAUAUAUAAAGAUAGAAGGCAAAACCGGAUUCAGCAAAGACAAACAAUUACAAAUAUAGAACCAAGUAAUCGAGAACCACCUUGGUUUGUGUUUGGGCUUGAUAGAUCAAGGAUAGAACAAUAUCCAAAAAUUCAACUAGCAGAAAGUGGUCAAUUACCUAAGUCAAUUGACAAUGUUUGUUCAAUAUGUCUUAGUGAGUAUAAGCCUAUGGAUACCUUAAGGAGCAUACCACAAUGUAAUCAUCAUUUUCAUGUUGAUUGUAUAGAUGUUUGGCUCAAGAUGAAUGCUACAUGUCCUUUAUGUCGAAAUCUGCCAGGGUUAUGA